AUGAAGAAAGAAAAAACAGGUGAUAACAGUCGUCCCUACAAAUUAGCUCAUCAAAUAUUAAGCUUAACAGGAAUAAGUUUUCAAAGAAAAAGCAUAAUUGGUUUUGUCGAGUUGACAGUUAUACCUCUACGAGACACAUUAAGGCUGGUGAAGCUUAAUGCUAAACAAUGUAGGAUAUAUAGAGUUUGUUUAAAUGACACCUAUGAAGCGCCUUUCCAAUAUUUUGAUCCAUUCUUGGAUAUCUGUCAAGGAGACAGUAAACAACGAUCCUUGGAAUUUUUCUCUAAUAUGCACUUAGCUGCAGCUCAGAAAGUUGAUCCUGACAACAACGCUGGUGAAUUAGUAGUUCAAAUACCACCAGAUGCAGCGCACUUGGUUGCAGAAGGACGAGGCUUAAGGAUUAGCAUUGAAUUUUCCUUGGAACAACCACAAGGAGGUGUACAUUUUGUGGUACCAAAUUGCGAAGGAACUCUAGCUGAGAGAGGUGCCCAUAUGUAUACAUACAGCUAUGAAAAUUCGUCUCGAUUAUGGUUUCCAUGUGUGGAUAGUUUUGCUGAACCAUGUACUUGGAAAUUAGAAUUUACCGUUGAUGAUUCAAUGACUGCAGUUUCCUGUGGGGAUCUGAUUGAAGUAGUCUACACACCUGACAUGCGGAGAAAAACAUUUCAUUAUGUGCUCAACACUCCUGCGUGUGCUCCAAAUAUUGCACUAGCAGUCGGACCUUUCGAGAUUUUUGUGGACCCUUACAUGCACGAAGUAACUCAUUUCUGCUUGCCUCAGCUUUUAUCAUCUUUGAAAGUAUCUGCAAAAUAUAUGCACGAAGCAUUCGAAUUUUAUGAGGAAACUUUGUCCAAUCGAUAUCCAUAUUCCUGUUACAAACAGGUCUUUGUCGAUGAAAUAGAUGAAGAUAUUAACGCCUAUGCUACUAUGAGCAUCUUAAAUACAAAUUUACUACAUUCCACUGCAAUUAUAGAUCAAGUAUACAUUACUAAAAAAGCAAUGGCACAAGCAAUUGCAGAACAAUUUUUCGGGUGUUUUAUAUCUAUGCAAAAUUGGUCAGAUACGUGGCUACCUAAAGGUAUUUCCACUUAUCUAACAGGACUCUAUGCGAAGAAAUGCUUUGGAAAUAAUGAAUACAGAGAAUGGAUUCAAUCUGAAUUACAAGAAGUCGUGAAAUACGAAGAACAAUUCGGUGGCAUAAUAUUAGAUCCAUCUCAAGCACCAGCACCAUUACCCAUUGCAGCUAAUACUCCAGCGCCUGCUCCUCGAGUUCCCGAUCCUGGAUUUUAUUUUCCUAUUAAAAAUUUACAUACCAUGUCUCCAAAAUAUAUUGAAGUUCUUCGCAAGAAAGCACAUCUAAUCAUGAGAAUGCUGGAACAUAGGAUUGGCCAAGAAUUAUUGCUUCAAGUAUUUAAUAAACAAUUGUCUUUAGCGGCUAAUGCCGCCCAGCAAAAGAUUGAGUCUGGCCUGUGGUCGCACAUGUUAAUUAGUACAAAUGUAUUUGCUAAAGCUAUCUUUACUGUAACAGGGAAAGAUAUGUCAGUAUUUAUAGAUCAAUGGGUAAGAACGGGAGGACAUGCGAAAUUCAGUCUAAGUUUUGUAUUUAAUAGAAAAAGAAAUACAGUGGAGUUAGAAAUUAGGCAAGACACUACACAUCAAAGAGGAAUUAGGAAAUACGUGGGUCCAUUAGUAGUUAAUAUUCAAGAACUAGAUGGUACUUUUAAGCACACGUUACAAAUCGAAGGUACAAUGGCCAGAGCAGAUAUUACGUGUCACAGUAAAAGUCGUAGAAACAAAAAAAAGAAAAUUCCAUUGUGUACUGGCGAAGAAGUUGAUAUGGAUCUCUCUGCUAUGGAUGAUUCUCCAGUAUUAUGGAUCAGACUUGAUCCUGAAAUGACGAUCAUGCGCGCUGUGCAAAUUGAGCAACCUGAUUAUCAAUGGCAAUAUCAAUUGAGACAUGAAAGAGACGUCACUGCACAAUUAGAAGCGAUUGAAGCUUUGCAGCACCAUUCAACACCUGCCACACGAUUAGCACUGACUGAUACAAUUGAGAAUGAACAUUGUUACUAUAAAGUUAGACUUCGUGCUGCUCAUUGCUUAACAAAGGUAGGAAACGCAAUGGUAGCAACUUGGUCAGGUCCACCAGCAAUGUUGGCGAUAUUUAGAAAAUUGUUUGGAUCGGCGUCGUGCCGGCGGAUUAUUAAACAGAAUAAUUUCUCGAAUUUUCAACAUUACUUUCUACAAAAGACUAUACCAGUUGCAAUGGCAGGAUUACGUAAUGCCCAUGGUAUUUGCCCACCGGAAGUAUUGGCCUUUUUAAUGGAUCUUUUUAAGUAUAACGAUAACAGCAAGAAUAGGUAUUCCGACAAUUAUUACAGGGCCGCACUAAUCGAAGCUCUUGGUGCAACUGUUACACCGGUUAUCAGUGUACAACAAGGAACGGCUAUUACAGCAGAAUCUCUAUCAAUCGACACGAAGGCUAUUUUAGAAGAAGUCACAAGAAAUUUAAACUUAGAGAAAUUAUUACCCUGUUAUAAAUAUACCGUUAGCGUAGCUUGUCUUAAAGUUAUACGUAUUCUUCAAAAAUUUGGUCAUCUUCCAAGCAAUCCUCAUCUAUUCAGAGCAUAUGCAGCAUAUGGACAAUUUAUAGACAUUCGAAUAGCAGCUUUAGAAGCAUUGGUUGAUUUUACUCGCGUGGACGGCAAAUGGGAAGACUUAGAAUUCUUAUUAGAUAUGGCGGAAAUGGAUCCACAUCCUGGUAUACGUCAUAGACUCGUACGAUUAAUGGUAGAAAAUCCACCAUUCGAGAGAGCUCAUAAACAUCGCUUGGAUAAACCAGAUCUAGUUGACCGUAUAUGGAAUUUAAUUAACGGCAUGCUGUCGCAUGAUGCAAAGUUGCGUUGCGAUUUGGUGGAUUUGUACUAUAGUUUAUACGGCGUAAGAGUCCCAUUUUGCCUUCCUAUUCCCGAAAUCGCAACAAUCAUGAAGCCUAAGAAAGCUGGACCACCAAGUCCAGAACGUGAAGUGAAAGUUGCACCGGUACAACAUGUGAAACACGAAUCAAUCGAAGAAUCAAUCGAGAACUUACCUGUUGGUAACAAGAGGAAACUAUCUCCAAACAGAGAUCCUCCAGGUUCAUCAAAUCCAGUGGAACAUGGUCCAGAACAAAAACGACAAAAAUCAAACAAUGAUGAACGGGGAAUUCCAGUACCUGGUGAAGGAAAAGUAAAAUCCGAGUAUUACAGCGACAAUUCUGCGUCACUUCCUGGUAUCAUGGGAACUCCUGGUCCUGUAGGUUUUGAACCUGGAAUGUUUAAAAAAGAUUCAGAAGAGCAUAAGCCAAAAAGUGAUUCCAGCAACAAGAACAAAAAGAAAAAGAAGGAUAAGAAAAAGCACAAACACAAACAUAAGCAUAAGCAUGAUCACAAACAUAACAAAGAUAAAGAGAAAAAAGAUAAGGAUAAAGAUAAAAGUAAAGAUAAGGAUAAGGAAAAGGAAAAAGAUAAAAGCAAGGACAAGGAUUCAUCCACUUUAAAAAUUAAAGAUGAAACUCUCAGCUCUGCAAGUUCUAGUCAAAGCCCAGAGCCAACUGUCACCAAUGAACUUCUGUUAAUUUAAAUAAUAAAAAUGUAAA